AUGAACGAUUCAAUAAUUACAAAUAAUGAUGAUUAUAAUAAUUCAACAGAACGUUCAGAUGAAAUCGCUAGUGACAUUAUUUCAUUGAUACAUUCAACCACACAUUCAAGUUAUGUUACCUGUUCGCAGUUAUCUUCCAAACUCUUUUCUUAUUUAUCUGAAGCAAAUAUUCAUGAUCACGAAUGGAAUGAUCUAGAAAAAUCUGUACAACGUUUCGAUCAAAGUAUUGAUCAUCCAGAUUUACGUCGUUUUCGACAAUUAAUAGAAACAAUUAGUACAUGUUCAAAUGACGCUGAAGAACGAAAUUAUACAUUAGGACGUGAUGCUAAUACACUUUUAGAAAGUAUCCGUCAAUUACAAGAAUUAUUACAAUCUCAUGUUAAUCUCAAUUGUAAUUUGCUUUCGAAAUUAAUUGAUCGAAAAGAUAUUCAAUUGCAUUUAAUUGAUCUUAUGAAUUUAACUGGAAUGAAUGUUGGCAAUACGAUUCAUGGAGUUCUAUGUGACAUAGUUCAUCUACUAUGUGAAAUAAAUCGAAAAUUUUGUCUCACAAAUGUAAUCGAUCAUCCAAUAGUAUCGAAUUGUAUUCGAAUUAUUCAAACAAGUAUUAAUAGUAUUUGUGCAACAGGUGACAAUGUUAAGUCAACAGUGAUCUUCGCACUUCGUCUACUUACAGAUUUACUUUUAACUAAUGAAUUGUUUCCGGUGCAUAGUUAUGGUCAAUUAUCGAAUUGUGUAUUUUUAAAAAGUAUAUUUGAUCUAAUUGAAAAUAAUGGUGAAAAUGAUGAAUUGAUACUAACAGCAAUAAAGUUUAUUUUGUCAUUUAAUUUACGUUUCGAUUCUCCUCAUGAAAAUCCAUUAAUGCUGACAUUAUUGGCUGUUAAUGAACAGUUAUCAUGUAGAGAAUUAAUUGAAAGAUUAAUUUUAUUAUUUAAUCGAAGUGUUGAUCCUAUUGAAUGUAAAACAACAAAUUCGAUAAUGAAAUUUUUUUCCGAUUUAUUUGCUGAUCAAGCAGCAACAAGUGAUGCAGUUCUAUAUGAUUCAGAUCGACGUUUAAUUGUGGAAAUAAUAAGUAGAGAAUUAUCUGAUCGUGCAACAACGGAUGAAUCAACAACAGCUUAUUUAUCCUUAUUAGAAUUAAUUCUUCGCAGUCAAUCGAUAACAUCCGAAACAUGUCCACGCAUUGAUGAACUUCAAACUGUUUUUCGAGCACAUUUAUAUGCGGAAAAUUGUUUAAAGAAAAAUCGUUUUAUCAUAAAUGAUAUUCUUCGUCAGCAUUAUUGGUUAUCAACGAAUGACAUGCCAUUCUAUCUCUAA